AGUGGACGACCCAAGUAUAAAUUGCGUUUGGGGUUCGUCUUGGACCUCAUAGUAGUAAAUGUCGUUCGUGUGCGUAGGCAAUGCGAUUUACUACGCUCGUUUGUAUAUCGAUUGCGGUUGCAUUUAUCGAGACUCGCGGUAAAGAAACGGAAGAGUCGCCGAUCGACUGGGAUCAAGUGGAGCCGAUGUUACAGUUUCCGGAAUCGCUAGACGAUUACCUCAGUGACGACGAUGCCAGUGAUCGAGUACCGGCAACAAAACGGAUUUACGGCGGCAAAGUUGCUGAACCGCAUAGUUUUCCUUACCAGGUGGGCCUCCUGAUAAGGACAUCGCAUGGCGAACAUUGGUGCGGCGGAGCGCUCAUUUCCGAUCGGUUCAUUGUAACAGCAGCGCAUUGUGUCGAUAGGAGUUUAAACAUCUUGAUCUUUUUGGGCGCUCACGAAAUCCGUAAUUCGAAGGAACCUGGUCAAAAACGCUACCCUGUGUCUAGAAGAAACGUCUUAGUGCAUCCCAAUUGGGUGCCUAGACUACUGAAGAAUGAUAUCGCUUUGGUUCGGCUACCAAAAGUAAUCACAUUUAACGAUAAAAUUCAACCCAUCAACCUGCCAUCCUAUUCCGAUACUCUUGAAAAUUUCGAAGGACGAAAAGCUGUUGCUUCUGGAUGGGGCAAGUUUUCUCGAGACUCAAAAAUUUCUUUCGUUUUACGAUAUUUCCGUGCGCCGGUUAUAAAUCUGAAAUUUUGCCGAAAAAUGUACCCGAAAAUUCUGCAGCCAACGAAUAUUUGUGUAAGUGGAGCCUACGACCGAUCAACAUGCUCAGGAGAUUCUGGCGGACCAUUGAUCGUAUGGGACUAUUUCUCGGACACACAAAUUCUAGUUGGAAUCACAUCAUUUGGUAGCAUCCUAGGAUGUGACAAAGGAUUUCCCUCGGUUUUUACAAGAAUAAGCUCUUACCUGGAUUGGAUUUCGGAUAAUACCAAUGUGUUCAUAGAGUAACGAAGAUAGUUUGUGUGAGAUGACUUGUAUAUUGAUUGUGAUGAUUGUUGUGAUGUUGUUUAAUGUGUUAUUUUUAAAUUAUUUUGUUAUGAAAUGUACAUAAAUUAACUAUGAAUGAAUAAACUGUUGAUUUUUUACUUU